GUUGUUUAAUGUUGAUGACUGGACUGUUUUACAGUUAAAACUAUGCUUGGCCAACAUGAGAACCACCAGCUUUACUUUACAGACUCACUUUAUAUCUAUGAUUUAAAUUCGAGUGUAUGGACUGAGUGGUGUAGUGUCGUUGUUCAUCCUGUAGGGGGCAAUAACUCAGCCAGUAGCGUCAGAACCACCAGCCAUGCCGAUAGAAGAAGAGGAGGCUCUGCUAUCCACUGCUUCUGCCUGCGCACAGGCAGACUGUAGUAGCCGCCUCAGAUAGUCGGGAGUGUGUUGCGGGACUUCCUGGUCAGCCUGUGUUUUCACCAGAAUUAGAGACGCAGUUUGACACACUCCUCUCCGCCAACCCGACAGGCAGUGUAGUCAUUGGGUUUCAGCGUUAUUUCCACUGUUAUUUCACCAGUGGUCAGCAGAGGGGGGAUCCAUUAACGUUACUCACCAUCAAAGUUAGCUUGUAAGCUAACGCUAACGUUUGGGCUUUGCUGUGAUUUCGCCAUGUCCGCUUCGGCUGGAUGCUCCCCGGCGGGCCACAGCUCGGGCCUCGGCCCCGGUAUGUCCAUGUUUCGCUGGCUAGAGGUGCUGGAGAAAGAGUUUGACAAGGCCUUUGUGGACGUGGAUCUGCUGCUCGGAGAGAUAGAUCCAGAUCAAGUCGACAUUACAUACGAGGGUCGGCAGAAGAUGACCAGCCUCAGCUCCUGUUUUGCUCAACUGUGUCACAAAACCCAGACGGUUUUCCAACUCAACCAUAAACUAGAGGCUCAGCUGGUGGACCUGCGUUCUGAGCUGACGGAGGCUAAGGCUGAGCGGGCAGUGGUGGAAAGGGAGGUCCAUGACCAGCUCCUGCAGCUUCAUGCUCUCCAGCUGCAGGUUCAUGCCAAGCAAGGCCAGGCUGAAGACUCUGACACCAUCAAGGGCAGACUGCCUGCUCCAGCAGUGGAAGAGAUGGAACAGGAGCUCGAGGCCAGUAAGAAGGACAAAUUAGCAGAGGCAAGGCUAGAGGCAGAGGUGAGACUACAUAAGAAAGAAAAUGAGGCCCUCCGCAGGCACAUGGCGGUACUGCAGGCCGAAGUGUACGGCGCCAGACUGGCGGCCAAAUACUUGGACAAGGAACUGGCUGGCAGGGUGCAGCAGAUCCAGUUACUAGGCCGUGACAUGAAAGGACCGGCACACGACAAGCUGUGGAACCAGCUAGAGGCAGAGAUUCACCUUCACCGCCAUAAGACUGUCAUCCGAGCAUGUAGAGGUCGCAAUGAUCCUAAGAAACCUCUCCCCUCCCCCGUGGGGCAUGACCCAGACAUGUUGAAGAAAACCCAAGGAGUAGGCCCCAUCAGAAAGGUGGUGCUAGUCAAAGAUGACCAUGAGGGACUGGGAAUCUCCAUUACAGGCGGGAAGGAGCACGGUGUUCCCAUUUUAAUUUCAGAGAUCCAUCCCAGUCAGCCCGCAGACAGAUGUGGAGGUCUGCAUGUCGGAGAUGCCAUCCUCGCUGUCAACAGCAUCAAUCUGCGAGAUGCCAAACACAAGGAGGCUGUCACCAUUCUGUCCCAGCAGCGAGGACAGAUAGAGUUUGAAGUGGUGUACGUGGCUCCAGAGGUGGACAGUGAUGAUGAGAAUGUGGAAUAUGAAGACGACAGUGGCCAUCGCUACCGACUCUACCUGGACGAACUGGACGACAGCAGCACAGCACCGCCUAGCAACAGCUCGGCAUCUCUGCAAGCUCUGGAGAAGAUGUCACUGAACAAUGGACCAGAGAAUGGAGAUACUGGGAUCUCCAGUGAGACCCCCUCAGAGGAAACCCCCUCAAAGCCUCCUGAGACUGACUGCUCCUUCUAGAGGCUCAGCCAUUGUUAUUUGGAGAGACAACAAGGAUCGGAGCGGAAAUCCCUCUCAAAGAACUGAAUCAAAGGAUUCUCUGAGAAACCCAGGAACAAGGGAAAAUGAACAGAAAGCGUCUGUUUUCCCUUCUUCCUCUUGGUGUUCUAGGAUGGUAGGAUUUGGGGGUUUAGCCUGGGCAUGUGGCAAUGAUGUGGGGUAAAAUACAUAUUUGAAGAAGCAGAGGUGUAAAGAUAUGUAGAGGAGGGAGUGAUACUGAACAAUGUUUUUUGAGAUAUUUUAUGAAGAUACUUAUGGGAAUCGUCAGGACAGCUGUAUAUGAGAAGAGAGGAUGCUGUCCUGGAGGCUCACACAUCAGAGAAAGAGGUUACUCAUAGUUGAAAAUGUCUUUCAGGGAGACACUUGUGAGUGUUUUGCUUCUGUUUGUAUAGUUAUUCAUUUCGUCUUGACAACUUUAUGACAACACGAUAUUGUCUUGUAGGGACCCCGGGAGAGACCGGGAAAAUAUCUUUAAAGACUGUUCUACUCGAAGAGAAUAAAUCUGUUGGCAAGGCUCUCAGACACAAGUGAUCAUUGUACCCAGCAACAGCAAGGCCGUUCAUCCACAUUCAGGUGAGAUGUUAAAAAGUCCAAUGAAAUAACUGUAGAGAAAUAAACAUCAAAUGAAAAAAUGCAGUAAAAUCUUUUUUAAAAUGCAUAUAAAAGCUAAGCAGGUAGGUAGGAAGGUCGUCUGUUGAAUCAUGUAUCCAGGGUCAAAUAUCCAACAACUACAUAAGAACAUUCUUUCAUGUGAUGUAAUUUACCCUCUGGUGACUGCUCUUACCUUUUGACAACAGUGGCUGUGAAAAAGAGAAUUGUAUCUGCAUCACACUACAGCAGUUUCUGUCUGUGAAGGCAGCAUGAGUCGUGCUGUCUCAUCUUUCGUCUGACGUUUUCAGUCAUAAGCGCUCACCUUUUUAAUGCUGCGUUCAGGGGAUCCUGGUCAGGUCAUGAAGCUCCUCAGAGCAAAGCAAUCAGAGACUGAAGAUGAUGCCAUAUGUCAAUUUUAGGCAGAACGGAACAAGUCGAGACAUUUUUUAUUUCAGUGACUGUACUUGUCACACUAGUGUAUGACCUCCAACCUGGUCGUGGUGUUGAAUCCUAUUUCGAAUGUGGUGACUGUAGGUGGAUGUUCCUUUGACCCGUUCUCCCGCCAGAGCUUUUUAGCCAUGUUCCAUCACUAACAUAUUUUGGCAUGUCACUGUAUGUUGAAUAUACAGGGGUGGGCCACAAUAACACUUGUAUGAUAUAAUGUAAUUGAAUACAAUCAUUUUUAAUAAUGGGGUCUUUCUUAAUUUGUGUGUAUUGCUGUAUACUUUAUUAUUGUUUUUUUUUUUAUGGUAUCACAUUAAGUUCUAUUGUAACACACUGUAUUUUGUCAGGAACACCUCACAGUAAUUUAAUGCAGUAAAGUACAACAAAUUGCAAAGUACUCUACAACGAGUUAAGAGGUCAGUCAGCCCCUCCCUGACACCAGCCUCACCAGUGUACUGUUUGAUAUAAGAUAUCCAGUUGAAUAUUUUGUGGUGUCUGUUGGCACCACUGCUACCUGCCAGUGUUCUGACCCGAAGGAGCACGAGUAAGCGGAACCCUUAGUAAGACUCUGUGACCUAACAGCCUUCACAUGUCGGUCUCUUUACUUGCUUCUUCCUACUGUGUUCCCCUCGGCGCUUGGUUUGUGUCUCUAAACUCUUCACAUACAGUAUAUGAUGUGCAUCUUUAUAAGUAAUGUAUUCAAGCUAAACAAUUUAUUUAGCCUUUAAAUAAAGUUUGUUUUCAAUUUGG